AUGGCCUCUGCAACAGGUAUCCCAGCCCAGAAUCCACGUCUCGAAGAAGAAGCACCCCUCCUGGGAGGACCAGGAGAUGCGACACAACAACCCGAUCAGGGUCUGCAAUGGAACUUUGUCAAAGGCACAGCCAUCCUCGCACAGGCAGGCAUCGUGAUCCUCACGGCGCUGGUCUGGGCCGCCAUUUUCGAGCACCCAUUCAUCUUCUUCUCCUACCACCCGAUCCUCAACUCCUUGGCCGUCCUGUUGUUCGUCGAGGGCAUACUGGUCCUCCAACCCACAGCCACCCAGAAGGACAAGGUCACAGGCGCAUAUGUCCAUUCAGUGAUCAACACGGCGGCGGUGGCCCUGGCCAUUGCCGGCCUAGUGGUGAUUGAAAUGAAUAAAGCUUCACACCCAGAGACUCGCUUCCAGAGCGUGCAUGGCAAGAUGGCACUGGUGGCUUAUAUUCUCAUCUUCCUCCAGUGGUUCAUUGGCGCUGCCAUGUUCUACCUGCAGGGCUCCGUGUUCGAGGUGGAUCGUGCGAAGUCGAUUUACAAGUACCAUCGGAUUUCAGGAUACAUUCUGGCAAUUUACAUGCUGGCCGUUGUUGCAGCGGCCACACAGACAACUUACAAUGUCAAGAUCUUACACAUCAAGCUCUGGGCAGUCAUCGUUGCUAGCAUCCUUGUGCUCGUUGGUGUAAUCCCGAGGAUCAAGAAGCGGAAGCUCGGGUUUUGA